CUUCUCUCUCAUCUUUGUUGUGCUCGGCGUCACAUUAAAACCCUAAUUGCGCGUAUUUCGUUUUCGUAGCCUUUUCCCCCCUUUUUCUUCUCUAGGGAUUCGUUUUCGCGCUCUUCGUUUCUUCUACGCCCGACGUAAGCCCUAGCCAAGCAGCGAGUUUCCAAUCCCCAUGGCGGCGCCGGUGGGCCGAGACCGGGAAGAGAACCAGCCGUACGACGACGGAGGGGGAUACGGCAAGUUCAGGAAGCGUCCCUUCCGCCGGAGUCAGGCGGCCACUCCAUACGAUCGCCCUUCAACCGCAAUUCGCAACUCUGGCCUCCAAACCGCCAACACCAGCGGCAAUGGCUGGUUUUCGAAACUGGUGGAUCCGGCGCAGAGGCUCAUUGCCUCCGGUGCUCAUAGGCUCUUUGCAUCUCUCCUCCGCAAGCGCCUUCCUCCUCCUCCACCGACGCAGCCGCCGGAGCCAGAAGCAGAGCGGUUCUUGAAGCAGAAGCGACUGGAAGCAAUUUCCAAGGGCAAGCAAGUCGAAACAGUACCCAUGCUUUCCUCGAAGGCCCCUGUAUACUCACAGGGAGAACCUAGCCAUAUGCAUGAUCGCCCUAGCAGUUCAGUUGGAGGUGCAGUUACUGAUUUGGAGUCGAUGCUGCAGCAGAAAAAAUUUACCAGGAAUGAGAUUGAUCGAUUGACUGCUCUCCUGCAGUCAAGGGUUGUUGACUUGCCUGUGGAAAAUGAGAAGUCUGAACUUGUUCCUCCAAAUUCAUUUCUUUUGCGUGACAAGGAGUUUCCCGGUACUCCAGUGAAAGACAAUGGGAUUGGGAACCACCUCACCUCCACCCCACAUGUCCUCGAACAAGAUGUUGCUUCACCUGCAGAGCUUGCAAAAGCUUACAUGGGCAGCAGGCCUUCAAAAGUAUCUCCGUCAAUGUUAAAUUUGACCAAUCAACCUUGGAAGGAUGAUUCAGCUCCGCAGGUCAGUCAGAUCUUCCGGUCGAAAGGGCCAACCACACCAGCCAUUUACAGGUCUUCUGGCAAAGUUGGAUUGAUAGAGAAUGGUUUCAUGACACCAAGAUCUCGAGGCAGAUCGGCUAUUUACAGCAUGGCUAGAACACCGUAUGCUAGAACACAGUCAAUCAAGACUUUAAAAAGGAGGAGUUCUGUCCUGGAGAGCGAUAUUGGGUCUGCUAGUUCUAUACGUAGAAUUCGUCAGAAGUCAAAUCUAAUGUCUGCCGGAGCUCUCUCAGUUCGUGGAACUCGUUUAAAAUCAGACCAAGAGGGACACCUGGCCCUGACCUCAAAGACUGUUACCAAAGAUGAACCUUCCAAGGAAAAUGGUGAUCACAGCAUUCAGAAUUCAGGAUUCCCCCCCGUCUCUUCUAAAUCAAGUGAUAUGGCUUCAAAGAUACUCCAGCAACUAGAUGUGUUGGUCUCAUCAAGGGAAAAAUCACCAGCUAAGUUGUCGCCAUCCAUGCUACGUGGGCAAGCACUUAGAAGCCUAGAGAAAAUAGAUUCUUCAAAGUUUUUGGAGACUGCUCAGAAUAGUACUCUGAGCAAUGCAAGGAAUGGUAGUGUGUUAGAUGCUGAACGAUCUAUACCUGAAAAGGACAAAAUUGAACAAAAUGGUCCAAACACGUUAGACAUUGAUGGUGGCAAGUUGGUUGCAAGCAAAAUUGUGGAGAAACCCAACUCAUUUGAUACUGGAGUGGUCAAUGCAGGAAUAAACUUUUCUGCUCACCCUGCUCAUAAAAAAAAGCCGGGUUUCCGUAUGAGUGCGGAUGAGGAUUUCCUGGAUAUUGAUGAUGAUGACAGUGCUGGGAAUACUUCUACGUUGUGGGGGACGGGUGAUAUGAAGCUUAUUUCUAGCUCUGAUGAGAAUAAAGCUGUCGAAGCCGCUGUGGUGGACAAGACUCCAGCUCUUUUGGGAGAAAAUCCCUUGCCAAGUUCUACACUGAGCAAGAAAGACACUGCAACUCAUAAUGGGCCAACAAGUGUAGGUACUAGCAAUACUUUUGCAUUUGCAGCACCUUCAUCCACAGAGGCUGUGAAGCAGGCUGCCGUCCCAAGUCGAUCAGCUGCUGUUUCUGACGACGCUGCCAUUGAAAUAUUUAGCUCUGGGGGGAAAACUUCAUUGCAAACUGAGUUAAAUGGUGCCACUGGGAAAGUUUCAUUGUUUUCUUCUGUGUCUCCUUUGACUGCUGUGAACAAUGGAUUCAGCAACAAAUUUGGUGCUUCUUCAGCCUCCCAAUCGGUUAGCUCGCAGAGGGUCUUACCUGUAGCUGCUCUAGCUGAUCCUGUGGCAAAACAACCAGAUGUAGAUAACGAUGCAGACACAAAUAAAGCUGGUGUGUCUUUUAAUACGAGCGGAACUCCACUUUCAUCUGUCUUGGCUUCGUCGCCAGCGGUAGGCAUGUUCUCGUUUGGGUCAGGUCUACAAAAUGGAACUCUCCCAGGUUCAUCAACUGGUCUUAAUAUAUCCAGUAGCUCCCUUUCGGCCGUUCUUAAUGGCAGCAUUGGCACAGACAUAUCUGUGAAUGCUGUGAACUCUGGUAGUACUGGCAAUUCAGCAUCAGAGGCAAACCCACCCUUGAGUUCGUCUGUUUUCAAAUUUGGGUCACCUGCCACUUCAAGUUCAGUUUCUUUUGCUAGUGCUUGUGGUGGCAUUGGUCGAAGCAAAACAGAGACUAGCUAUGGGAGUAUUGCCGGUGUUCCUUUUGGUGAUUCUAAGCCUGCCGUUGCCAGCACUGGAAGUGGCCUUUUUGGCGUUGCCCCGUCCAUAGUUGCUGGGAGUACUACAAGCAGCAGCCCUUCUAAUGAUAUUUCAGCUACCUCCGCUAAAAGUACCUUAGUUAGUAGUCCAUUUGGCGGCCCAAGCGCAAGCGCUGGAAGCACCCUUGUUGGUGCUACUGCUGCUUCUGGUGCAGUUACCAGCAACGGCUCUCUUGGUGACUCUACUCCUACAGGUAAAAGCCCAGGAAGCAGCAUUUUCGGUACUGCUACCAGUGCCAACACUGGGAAUAGCCUCUUUAGUGCAGUAGCUCCGAGUACAACUGGAAGCAGCUUUUUUAGUUUCAGUUCCAAGUCAACUUCACCAGGCCCUGCUAGUGAGGCCCAAGUUUUGAAUAAUCCAGGUAGCACUCAGGUAGCUGCAACUGGCUUUGCUACAUCAACCCAGAGUACUCCUAGUCAGUUUGGUUCUUCCAUGUCGUCUCCUUUUGGGUUGAAUUCAACUACAGCUCCUGCAACUGCUGCUGCUGCUGGUAGUUCGAUUUUUGGUUCGUCAUCAAUAUCUAAUCCAUUCAGUUCUGGAACUUCUUUUGGAGCGACUUCUUCCACUCCGUCUUCAGAUCCAAAUAAGUCUGUUAGCUCGAGUGCGAGCACUUCAUCUCCGCUUUUUGGUUCGAGCUGGUCAACAACACCUGUAUUUGGUAGUGGAUCCAGCUCAUCGGCUUCAUCGAGUGGGUUUGUCUUUGGAGCAUUGUCGUCGAGUGGUGCUUCUACUGCUGGUGCCACUGCAUUUGGAUCGUCCAAUAAUGCUACAUCAUCUAGCUCCCCGUUCUCUUUUAGUGCGCCAGCAGCAAAUCCUGCGCCUACUCCAACUGUGUUUGGUAACCCUACUAUAACUCCAUCUUUUGCAUUUGCUUCAACCCCAUCAUUCGGCUCAACUCAACCAUCGGUUAACAAUGAUCAAAUGGGGAUGGAGGACAGCAUGGCAGAAGACUCAGUCCAGGCAAACACACCAUCUAUCCCCUUGUUCGGUCAGCAGACUACCACACCCCCAUCGUCAGGCUUUAUAUUUGGUUCUGCAGCACCGCCAACCAGCGGAAAUCCUCUUUUCGGUUCUACUGCUCCUCCAUCUGCAGGAAACCCUCUGUUUGGUUCUACUGCAGCGGGAACCCCCCAGUUUGGUUCUACUGCUCCAGGAACCCCUCAGUUUGGUUCUGCAGCAGCAUCCCCUGGGAUUCCGUUUCAAUUCGGUGGUCAACCGAGUAUGUCAGCAGCUCCACAAGCUGCUUCUCCAUUUCAGGCCAGUAACAGUCUGGAGUGUGCAGGCAGCUUCUCAUUAGGUACCGGUGACAAGAGCAACAGGAGAAUCGUGAAAGUGAGGAAAAGCUCGCGGAAGAAGUGA